AUGGCAAAAGAAGCUGUGAACAAGGGGAAGAACAAAAAUAAGCAAGUUGCGAAAGCAACUAUGGAGGAAUUGCAGGUUACAUCUGCUUCGACAUCGAACGAGGUAGAAGAGGAAGGAACCACACUCAGUCCAUUAGUAACCCAAAAAGUGGCUGGCGUGAACAGAGGUACACAACAAGCAGUACAACAAUGGAACGAUGCUAUGCAAACUUCAGUAAACUCUGAGAUAAAAUCCCCAAAUGAUAGUGGAAAGAAAUCAUGGGCAGAUGUAGUGGAGGAAGAGGUUGUCAGCCCAGUAAAGAGGAGCUCAAUCUGGGAUAAUUUCGACAUUACCAACGUCACCAAUGCGGGAUACAAACUCGAAUACAUUGCUCCAGAUAUGGAAGGUGAGUCUCCGAUGACUGAAAUCAAUUCUAAUGAUAUUAGUUCAGAAAUUGAAUACUGGAAAUCAGCGGUUGUGUGUUAUGUAUUGGGAGCUCAUCCUCCUUUUGAAGUGAUUCAGGGAUUUAUCCAUCGUCUAUGGGCUAAACAUGGGUUGAAUAAGAUUGCAAUGCUAAAAAAUGGUGUUAUUCUAAGCCCUAAAGGACUUAGUAAGAUUUGUAGUUUAGUCGGUAGACCCCUUAUGGUGGAUAGGAACACAGAGAAGAAAAUUGGUUUGAAUUUUGCAAGAGUACUAGUGGAAGUGGGAAUGGAUGCACAACUUCCUGAAACUGUUUUCUUCAGAAGUGAAAGGGGGAAUAUUGUUGAGCAACCAGUUACUUAUGAUUGGAAACCUACAUUGUGUAAAUUUUGUAAGAAGUAUGGGCAUUCGGAAAAUAGUUGUAGAAGGAAGAAGGAACAUACAAAAAAACCUGAAGUGAAUCAGGAGAAGCAACUAGUAGUAGAAGCUCAACAAAACAAAGACAUACCUAUAGCAAGUGUACAAGUAGGUGGGCAACCUAAAGGUGGAGAAAGGCAACCUAAACCAAUGGCCCUAACACAGCAAGUGCAAAAGCAUGCACCAGCACAAAGAGGGAAUAACCAGAAAACAACCACAAGUGGGGUAGCUGCUAGGAACAAUACAGUUGCUAGUAACAAUACAGUUACUCUUUGGAUCACCCCACACAAGAAGAGCACAACUCAAAAGAGACAACAACCAGUAGAAGAGAGAAGCACAACUCCAGUAACAACUACAAAUGGGGCGGAUACAAACAAAAGUGGAAAUGUUGGAAAUGAGGAAGGCCAACUUACACCUCUCUUAGAUCAUGAAACAAAGGUGAAAACAAACAAAGUGGAUCAGCUGGUUAGUAAACUGUUUGGAGGUUGGGAUUAUAUUACUAAUCUUGAAGCACAUUAUAACGGAAGAAUAUUAAUAAUAUGGAGGCCAGAUUAUUAUACAGUGGUGCCUAUAACCAUUAAUGCUCAAGUUGUGACUUGUGAGGUGCGCUAUAUCCCAUCACAGGUAACAUUUGAAGUUUCUUUUGUGUAUGCUCUCAAUACUAGAGAGGAAAGAAGAUUGUUAUGGGAAAAUUUGGAAGCUCAUAGCCAGAAUAACACCAGGCCUUGGCUUGCUCUUGGAGACUUUAACUCAGUCUUGAAAAGUGAAGAUAGACUGGGUGGGAAUCCUGUCACUUGGGCAGAAGUAACUGAGUUUCAAAAUUGUGUGGAUAAUUGUGGAUUUAUUGAGAUGGUGCAACAGGGUCAAAAGUAUACUUGGAAUGAUAAAGGGGAUAACCAAAGAAUCUAUUCAAAAAUAGACUGGUCAUUCAUCAAUAAUGAAUGGUUAGUCACUAUGCCUGCUUGUAGGGCGUGGUACAUGUCAGAAGGGAUCAGUGAUCAUUGUUCCAUUAGGAUUGCUUAUGAGGAAGAGGGGUUCAACUCCAAGAAAUCCUUCCAAUUCUGUAAUGAUUGGACACAACACCCAUUAUUCAAGGACAAAGUAAAAGCUGGCUGGGAAGUGCAUAUAGCAGGUUGCAGGAUGUUUCAAGUGGUGAAAAAGUUAAAAUUAUUGAAGAGAGAACUGAAGGACUUAAACAAACAGUUCUUCAGGAAUGUAGUAGAUGAUGCAAAUGAUGACAGAGAGGCACUAUACUUAGCACAGAAUAUGCUACAGUUAGACCCUUUAAACUACAGCAAGAUGAAAAGGAGAGGUACCAGAAGUUCAAACAAUCCUCAUACUUGGCUGAACUAUUUUCGCAAUAAAGAAGCUACAACCCAAUUGAAGGAUGAACAUGGCAACUGGCAGUAUGAACCUGAUUCUAUUGCUAACUUGUUUGUUCAAUACUAUCAGACUAUGCUAGGGAGUAAAGGUAAUGAGAGAAGUAAAGCUUCUUCAGGUUUCCUUAAAAAUGGACCAAUUCUGUCAGGACAGCAACAAAUAGCUAUGCUACAACCAUUUGUGGAGGAAGAUGUGAAACAGGCUAUAUUCACAAUUGACAGCAACAAAAGCCCUGGCCCUAAUGGGUUUGGGAGUGGCUUUUAUAAAGCUGCAUGGAGCAUUGUAGGAUCUGAUAUAACUGAAGAAGUCCUGGAUUACUUUAUGUGUCACGACCCAACCCCGUAG